AUGGCAGCCUAUGCUUGGCUCUACUGCGCACUCGCGUUAGGUGCCACUUGGUACCUGCAGAGGUACCUGAGGCAGCGCGAUGCCUAUAGUGUGUUGCGUAACAUUCCUGGACCUCCAUCGUACUCUUGGGCCAAAGGUCACAUUAACCAGUACUUUAAUCCUCGCGGGCAAGCGUUUCACGAAGAGGUGGCACUCAACUAUGGUUCAGUCGUUAAACUCGACGGGAUGUUCGGAAGCAAACUAUUCUACGUGGCGGAUCCCAAAGCAUUGCAUACGAUCCUCAUCAAAGAGGAGAAUACCUGGGAGGAGCCAGAUGCAUUCUUAGCUCUGAAUCAGUUGAUGUUCGGAGACUGUCUUGUGGGAACUCUAGGCGAACACCAUCGCCGGCAGAGGAAGAUGUUAAAUCCAGUAUUCUCUGUCAAUCACAUGCGUCACAUGCUUCCUAUCUUCUACAACGUGAUCCUUAAGCUCAGAGAGGUUAUUCUAGCUAAGGUAAAAGCCGGGGAGAGCGAAAUUGAUGUGUUGGAGUGGAGUGGUCGCGCGGCGCUGGAGCUCAUUGGACAGGGUGGUCUUGGAUACUCCUUUGAUCCUUUGUUGGUGAACUCGGAGUCAAGAAACGAGUAUGGAGACGCCUUGAAGUCCUGCUUCCCCGCCCUAUCGAAGGUGGAUAUAUUGCGUCGAUACGCCCACUACCUCAUCAAGAUGGGCCCACGCUGGUUUCGCCGAUCUGUUGUGGACAUGUAUCCCAAUCCCGAUGUACAGAAUAUCAAGGAGGUCGUCGACACGAUGAGCGCAAAGUCAUACGAGAUCUUCAACCAGAAGAAAGUUGCACUGAAGCGUGGCGACGAGGCCGUGCUCCGUCAGGUGGGAGAAGGGAAAGACAUCAUGAGCAUCCUCAUCAAGGCGAACACGGCGGCAUCUGAGGACGAGCGGCUUCCUGAGAGUGAAUUGAUUGCACAAAUGUCAUUACUGGUGUUCGCCGCAACGGAUACUACUUCCAACACGUUGGCGCGCAUCUUGCAAUUGCUUGCCGAACAUCAGGAAAUCCAGGUCAAGCUACGUGAUGAAAUCCUUCAAUCUAGCGCAGGUGGCAACGAUAUCUCGUACGAAGAGCUCAACAGGCUUCCAUUGCUGGACGCUGUCUGUCGCGAGACUCUGAGGCUAUUUCCACCAGUCACGACGCUCCGGCGUGUCCCGAGGAAGGACUCAGUUCUCCCCCUAUCUGAGCCUAUCUACGGCGUAGACGGGCGCGUGAUCAAUGAAAUUCCUGUCGCGAAGGGUACAGAUGUUAUCAUCGGCACAUAUGGAGUUAACGUACGCAAGCAACUAUGGGGAGAGGACUCUCUUGAGUGGAAACCAGAGCGAUGGCUUUCUCCCUUGCCUAGUGCAGUAACGGCUGCAGCGAUCCCAGGCGUGUAUUCCAACAUCAUGACGUUCCUCGGCGGAAAGCGAGCAUGCAUUGGCUUCAAGUUCUCAGAGAUGGAGAUGAAGGUUGUGCUGGCGGUCAUGCUGUCGACCUUCACAUUUGAAAGGACAGAGAAGGUAAUCCAGUGGAAUAUCGCAGGUGUAUCGUACCCAACCGUCGAGGGAAACAGCCAGCCGCAGUUGCCUCUAAAGAUGGGACUUUAUAGGCCUUGA